UGGGCUUCCCUCUGCCACCCUGUCGCCUGCCCACCAGGCCUGGACCUCGCUCAGCAGCUGCCCGUCCUCAGCGCACGUACGCAGAAGAUGUGCCAGGACAGAAGGCGGCGAUGAGCAGACAAGGCCCCCUCAGCCUCUGGGACCUGGCGGCGCAGAGCCUGCUGAGCGACGAGGACUCUGCCCUGCGGGCCCUGGGAGAGCUCCCCGCCGGCCUCUUCCCCGCGCUGUCCGCUGCUGCUUUCGCCGGGGGCCACGCGAGGACCGUGACAGCCAUGGUGCAGGCCUGGCCCUUCCCCUGCCUGCGCCUGGGGUCGCUGAGGGAUCAGUCGAUAACUCAAGGCCUGCUGGAAGCAGUGCUGGAUGGGCUGCAGGGCGCCCCCCCGCCCACUGCCGGCCCCAGGAGAUCGAAGCUCAGGGUCCUGGACUUCACCCACGACUUUGAGCACGCCAACUGGGAGGAGUGCUCCGAGACCUUGCCGGCCCCGUUUGUCAUCACACACAUGCUGGAAGAGCCGGAGGCAGACCAGCCGACCCCCAGUGCCAGAGAGCAGCCCCCGUGGGACCGAGAACCCGUGGAAAUACACACAGACCUUUUCUUGGGCGGUCUGUUCGGGUUCUUCCACCUGGCUGGGUUCCCCUCGUACAUACUGCAGAGGGUGGAGAGGAGCCGCGGCUGCCUGCGCCUCCGCUGCCGCGCGCUGGUCAUCAGCCAAGUGCCGCUCCGCAGCCUCGUGGAGAUCCUGGGCAUGCUGGAGCUGGAGGCCAUCCGGGAGGUGCGGCUGCACCACCCCAGCAGGUUCUGCUUCCUGGCCGACCUGGUCCAGCUCUUCACCCAGGUCGGGCAGAUGUGCAACCUGGGCAACCUCAUCAUGAGCGACAUCCCCUGGGACUUCCCCGCCGACUGCUUCUCCCUGCUGAGUCCCCUGGGCCACCUCCAAAAGCUCCACCUCAUCUUCGGCUGUCUCUCUGGCCAGCUGCAUAAGAUGCUCAGUGGUCUGCAGAAGCCACUGGAGACCCUGGUGAUCAAUGGAUGUCGGCUCACUGAGAAUGAUAUCGCCUACCUGUCCCAGAGCAUCCACGCCACCCGCCUGAAGGAGUUGGUCCUGUGUAGCAAUAACCUGUCCCAAACGGUCCCCGGGCCCCUAGAGGUUCUGCUGGGUGAGGUCUCAGGCACCCUGCAGCACCUGAACUUGAGAAGCUGCCGGCUGAAGGAAGCCCAGCUCAGGGCCCUCCUGCCUGCCCUGUGCUGCUGCGCCCGCCUCCGCUCCCUCGUCUUCUACGACAACGUCAUCUCCACCUCGGGCAUCAUGAACGUGCUUCGGCACUUAGCAGGGCUGAAGGAGCUGAAGCGCGUGCAGUACCCCGUCCCCGCCGAGUGCGUUGUGUACCUGGAUGAGUACAGGUGGGAGAACCUCAACAGAGGGGAGCUCGCCCGCGUGCACACCAAGCUGCAAGAGCUGCUGCAGACGCUGCAGCGUGCCGACGUGGAGCUGACCACAUCCACCUCGCUGGCCUAGCGCGUGGGGACGCACAGCUGACCCCUGGGGAGGGCCAGCAGUGGGUCUCGGAGCUGUGUCCAUGGAGCGGAUGGUGUGGCCUAAAGGAAACUACCGAAGCGAGAAACACCAUGGCGAGCACCCUAGUGGUUAGCGCUGUUUCCGCAUAUUGCUGGGACCGACUGUUCACGAAGUCAGCAGGAGGUGGUUGAGAAUCUACACUGUGCAGCUGGUGUUCUAAUGCCGGGUAUUAAAAGACAAGCUCUCCCAGCCAUUGUCUGUCUGGUCUGUC